CGUCACCGUAUCCAGCAUUACAUUACAUCGGUAUAGAUAGGGUAAUGUUUGCUCAUGGUGUAAACGAUAUGAUGAACUACAAGAAAAACAGGAUUAUUUGCUUUUCGGAUUCCGCUGGGACAGUAAUGGUAAUGACCAUACGUGCAUCGAUACUGAAACCGAACGAAAUCGAAGAAAUCGGAAGCCGAUUCCAGAAGGAGUUGGAUUGGUUAACAGGGUUGGACGAUUGGAACGAUAUGUACAAAAGAGAAUUUGGUCCAUUGGGAGAAUACGACUUGGACGAUCAUGAUUACAAGGCAAUGCAAUCCGACGAGCAACCACAUGCGGUUGAAAGAGAAUUAAUUCAACCAAUAUUGUCACAAGAUCAAAUAAAGAAAACAAUUUGUGACGAAACAUUCAACUGGUAUAUAAAUCGGAGAGGACCGCAGACACGUUUGGGUAAAUUGAAAUACGAGUACAUACAACGAGAAAAACAAUAUAUGGUCGAGGCUAUGAUGAAAAAAAAGAAUGUCAGUCAAAAACAAUUCGAUGAAUAUUACGAUGGAAUCAUAAAUAAAAGUGACAGUAAAACUGAGGAGAUUUCAAUAAUAAGAUCCGAAGCCGAUAAAAAGUAUAGGGACAUUAUAAAUAAAUUAUUGGCUGCCAAUCAUACAGACGAAUAUAAAUUCGAUCCUGGUUUAAAAAGAAAACCCGCAUUGGCAGACCAAAAAUUAUUAAAUGUAGAACUUCAAAAAUUGUGGACAUUAGACUUUAAAAUUGAAAGAGAAAAAUUUAUUGAUUAUGUGAAUAAGAACCAUUAUAAAUCCGAGGAAGUAAACUGGGAUCAAAGUAAGUUGGUACUUGCCGUUAUUUCAGCCCUUUAUGAAGCUGGAAUUAUAGUUAGAUAUUUAACUAGUGAUGGAACAAGCACAAAUUUAAAAACUUAUAAAAAUUUAAGUUGCUGUUUAGAUCCUUCAAAUUUGAAAUCUUCAUUUACUCAUCCAGAAGACCCUUAUAUUAACAUCCAAUGUAUUGUAGAUCCUUGUCAUCUAAUGAAAAUAUGUCUUAUUUAUAUGGUGCUAGUCGCUUCUUCUUGUUUGGUUUUGGCGGUGAUGCGGUGA